UCUGGCGUGGCCAACAUGGAGAAAACUCAAAGCAUGGAGAACAAACCACAGCAGAUGUGCCUGGGGGUCAUGACAGUCCUUUCAGAUAUCAUCAGACAUUUCAACCCUUCUGUUCUGAUGCCCAUGUGCUCUCCUGGGAAGAGUGGUGCAGCCCACAGUACUGCUGAAGACUUGUGGAUUCAGGCUAAAGAGCUGGUGAGACGUUUGAAAGAGAACCCGCAACUUAACUUUGAGAAGGAUUGGAAACUCAUCACGGUCUUCUUCAGUAACACAAGCCAGUGUCACCUGUGUCCCUCUGCUGAGGAGAAAAGCCGUUUGAUGAGGCGCAUGGAAAACCUGUGUGAGAUCCUGGAUUACCUGCACCGAGAGGUCCCACGAGCAUUUGUGAAUUUGGUGGAUCUCUCUGAGGUUUUGGCCGUGUCUCAUCAGCAUCAAGAGACUGGGUUCAGCCCUGCACCAGAGCUUUGCAAUUGCUCGGAGGAGACCACAAAGUUGUCCAAGGCUGUCAUGCAGUGGUCCUAUCAGGAAACCUGGCAAGAUCUCCUGGCCUCCAGCAAGUUCAACAAGCAUGAGUCCUUCACAGUGGUUUUCCAGCCUUUCUUCUAUGAGGUAGACCUGCCUUUGGAGAGGUCCUCACCCCAGGAUCCCAGCACACUCGCCCUCAGGAUCUGGAACAGCAUGAUGAAACCAGUGGGUCACAAAGAUGAGAUAUUCGAUGCAGCAGAGAGAAAGACAAUUCAAUGUCCAUCUAAGGAGAGCCCCUAUCUGUUCACCUACAGAAAUAGCAACUACCAGGCCCAACAGCUGAAACCCAUAGGAAGGCUUCAGGCGAGAGAAGGCACAGAAUUCAGCUGUCCUGACAAGGACCCGUCGGACGCAAUCCCCACCACAGUUCACAGGCUGAGGCCGGCUGACAUCAAGGUGAUUGGAGCGCUGGGCGACUCUCUCACGGCAGCCAAUGGGGCCGGGGCCGAGCCCGGGAACCUGUUCGGUGUCUUAACUCAAUACCGAGGCCUGUCCUGGAGCGUCGGAGGAGAUGAGAACAUCAGGACCGUGACCACCCUGGCCAACAUCCUCCGGGAAUUCAACCCCGCCUUGAAGGGCUUCUCUGUCGGCACCGGGAAAGAAAACACGGACAAGGCGUCCUUCAACCAGGCUGUAGCGGGAGCCAAAGCAGAUGGCUUAGUUACCCAGGCCCAAAAGCUGGUGAGCCUGAUGAAGGCAGACAAGACAAUAGACUUCCAGGAGGACUGGAAGGUCAUCACUGUGUUUAUAGGAGGCAAUGACCUCUGUGAUUCUUGCAAUGACCUGGAUCACUUUUCUCCUCAAAACUUCACAGACAACAUCAGGAAGGCCCUGGACAUCCUCCAUGCAGAGGUUCCCCGAGCCUUUGUGAACAUGGUGGAAGUGAUUGGGAUCAUCGCCCUGAGGGAGCUAUACAAAGAAACUCAAGUCAGCUGCCCACGGCUCAUCCUCAGGACCCUGUGUCCUUGUGUCCUGAAGUUUGAUGAUAACUCAACAGAAUUUGCCGCCCUAGUUGAAAGGAACAGGCAGUAUCAGAAAGGCACUGAACAGCUGAUUGAGAGCAGGCGAUACGACACUCGAGAUGAUUUCACCGUGGUUCUCCAGCCGUUCUUUGAAAAUGUGCCCAUGCCUCGGACCCCGGAGGGCCUGCCCGAUAGCUCUUUCUUUGCCCCCGACUGUUUCCACUUCAGUAGCAAGACUCAUGCACGCUCAGCCACUGCCCUCUGGAAGAACAUGCUGGAACCUGUUGGCCACAAGACAAGACAACACAAUUUUGAAAACAAGAUCCCUAUUAUGUGUCCAAACCAGACCUUGCCAUUUCUGAGCACCUACAAGAACAGCAACCAGGGUUAUGGGACCUGGACGUUAUGCAAGGACAGAGCCCCUUCCACCUCACCACCAACCUCGGUGCAUGCCCUGAGACCUGCAGACAUCCAAGUUGUAGCAGCUCUGGGAGACUCUCUGACCGCUGGCAAUGGCAUUGGCUCCCAAGAAGGUAACCUCUCCGAUGUCCACACCCAGUAUCGAGGACUGUCAUAUAGUGCUGGCGGGGAUGAGUCCCUGGAGAAUGUGACCACCUUGCCCAAUAUCCUCCGGGAAUUUAAUGGCAACCUCACAGGCUACGCAGUCGGCAUGGGUGACGUCGAUUCUGCAGGCGCAUUCCUUAACCAGGCUGUUCCUAGGGCGAAAGCUGAGAACCUUGCAAGCCAAGUCCAAACUCUGGUUCAGAGGAUGAAGAAUGACCACAGAGUGAACUUCCUCCAAGACUGGAAGGUCAUCACAGUCAUGAUCGGGGCCCGUGACUUGUGUGAAUUCUGCAUGGAUUCGAAUCGGUAUUCUGCAGCCAAUUUUGUUGGCCAUCUCCGCAAUGCCUUGGAUAUCCUGCAUAAGGAGGUCCCCAGAGCCCUGGUCAACCUCGUGGACUUCAUGAACCCCAGUAUCAUACGGCAAGUGUUCCUGAAGAACCCAGACAAGUGCCCGGUGCAUCAGGCCAGUGUCAUGUGCAACUGUGUUCUGAGCCCGGGGGAGAAUUCCUACGAGCUGGCCAGGUUGGAGUCCUUCACCCAGUCCUACCAGAGUAGCAUGCUCCAGCUGGUGGAGUCUGGCCGCUAUGAUACCCGGGAGGACUUCUCUGUGGUCCUACAGCCCCUUCUCCUCAACGUCAGGCUCCCCAUCCUAGAGGAUGGGCGUCCAGAUACAUCCUUCUUUGCCCCAGACUGCGUCCUCCCUAAUCAGAAGUUCCACUCUCAGCUCUCGAGAGCCCUUUGGGCCAAUAUGCUUGAACCUCUGGGAAAGAAAACAGAUACUUUGGAUCUGAGAGCAUUCAUAGCCAUGGCCUGCCCGACCCAGGAUGAGCCCUUCCUGAGAACCUUCCAGAACAGCAACUACACGUACCCUUCCAAGCCAGCCAUUGAGAACUGGGGUAGUGACUUUCUGUGCACAGAGCAGAAUCCUUCUGGCAGUGUGCCCAGCUCAGUCCACGAGCUCCGACCAGCAGACAUCAAGGUGGUGGCAGCGAUGGGUGACUCCCUGACUACAGCCUUUGGAGCUCGACCAAGUGAGUCCAGCAAUCUAACCACCCCCUGGAGGGGGCUGUCUUGGAGCAUUGGAGGAGAUGGCACGUUGGAGACCCAUACCACACUGCCCAACAUACUGAAGAAGUUCAACCCUUCCAUCCUCGGAUUCUCUACCGGUACCUUGGAAGAGACGGCGGGAUUCAAUGUGGCAGAAGAAGGGGCCAGAGCUCAGGACAUGCCGGCCCAGGCCCAGGCCCUGGUGGAGAGAAUGAAAGACACACCUACAAUCAACCUGGAGGAAGACUGGAAGCUGGUUACACUCCUCAUUGGGGGCAACGACCUGUGUCAUUACUGUGAGAACUCGGAGAACCACUCAGCCAAUGACUAUGUCAAACACAUCCAGCAGGCCUUGGACAUCCUUUAUGAGAAGCUUCCCAGGGUUUUCAUCAAUGUGGUGGAAGUCAUGGAGCUGGCUGGCCUGCACCAGGGCCAAGACGGGAAGUGUGCCAUGCCUCUGGCAGUUCAGAACUGCAGUUGUUUUAAACACGCUCAAAACCCCAUGGCGAUGCAGGAGCUGAAAAAAGUGAACUGGAACCUCCAGAGUGCCAUCUCCGGGCUCUCCUUCUGGCCCCAGUACAUGCAGCGUGAGGACUUUGCAGUCAUUGUACAGCCUUUCUUCCGGCAAACCCUCAUCCCGCUGACUGAGCUAGGGGGCACGAACCUGACCUUCUUCUCUGAAGACUGUCUCCACUUCUCAGAACGUGGGCAUGCUGAGAUGGCCAUUGCCCUCUGGAACAACAUGCUGGAACCAGUGGGCCGCAAGACGACCUCCACUAACUUCACAUACAGCCGAACCAAACUCAAGUGUCCUUCACCUGAAAGCCCUUUCCUCUACACCCUUCGGAAUAGUCAGCUCCUUCCAGACCAGACGGCUGAAGCAUCCUCCAAGGUGCUGUACUGGGCAGUACCAGUGGCAGCAGUCGGUGGCCUGGUGGUUGGCAUCCUUGGGAUGAUGCUGUGGAGAGCCAUGAGACGCCCCCGAAAGGAGGUUCCGAACACUGUCAGUUUCUAGGACCCUGAGCGGAUGGAUGGAUCUUCAUCCAAAGUCCCAGCUACAGUCCUCACCAGGCCUUCAGCUGCAGCAGCCCUGGACUGUGGCCAACCUUGCUUCUAUCCCUGGUGCCCUCAGAAGCCAAAGGGACUGUCACAACUUCUUGGGAGCCUGCCUGCUCCCAGGUUUAUGGGGGCGCCAGAGCCUUUACUGAAAGACUGUUUUUUUCUUAGCUGAGCCUGGCCCUGGCUCUCGCCCUCCAUCUGAUGCAUAUACAGGUGUGGGAGCCAGAGUGUCUUGGGUCCUAUGCCAGGCAGGGUUGCCUGGGGGAUAAGACCAGAGUCUAGACUGGCCCUGUCCAGCUCCAUCGCAACCCUAUGACAAGCAUAUCUUGUCACUCACCAAACCCACAGUUGAAGUGAAAACCCUGGUCACCUGAUGGUGACUGGUCCCUGUUCUAUUCCACCCAACAGGUAGGUGUGCAUGCACUCAGCGCCUGUUUUGCCUUGUACCCGAGACCAUGAGAGCAUUGUGAUAGCUUCUGAGCUAUGCAUGUCACAGUCCGGCUGGGAAGACAAACUCCUUCCAACUAAGAGGCGGCUCUUCGAUAAUGUAGUUAAUUACUGGGAGAUGUGUCUGGUUGCUCGGGGAAUUUCCCUGGAAGGGAAUAUGCCAUUUUGGAAGAAAACUAGAUUGGGAUAUGAAUUAUGUCAUGUCCCCUCAACCUUUCAAAUGGUGCUAAUUUUAGGUAAUUAGCUAGUUCUACAUUAGCUGACAUCUGAGAGAAAUCGGGAUUAAAUCUGAAGAUACAGACCAUUGGUCAGGGGCAAGGCCAGAGCUGCAUGCCUCAUAUACAUUCUCCCUUAUAUUCUGCACCUAACGCCAGGGGAGGAUACUUUGAAAAUGGUGGUGGUGAUCAUCACUGCAAAUGUACUAAGUGCUGAUGAGUUCUUUUUAGAAAUAAUUGUAUGCCAUGUGAAUUUCACCUCAGAGGAACCCAGUAGGAAUCCAGAAGGUCCACAUCGUCAUCUUCAUGUUAGCAUCUCUACAAUUACAAAACCUGGGGUGACAAUGCAUGUUAAAACCCUGGUCUCCAGCUCAAAUUCUCAGAUCCUGUAGUAAUAAAAUUGGAAUGCAAGCACCCA